AUGUUUCUCUACAAUUUAACUUUGCAACCUCCUACCUCCAUCAAUGUUGCUAUUGUCGGACACUUCUCGGGAACUAAACAGCAGGAGAUCGUUGUUUCGAGGGUGACACGUUUGGAACUCCUUAAGGCUGAUCCAAAUUCAGGAAAACUACAGACUCUCUUAACUCACGAUGUUUUCGGAAUAAUAAGGUCUUUAACGCCCUUUCGUCUAACAGGUGGCUCAAAAGAUUAUAUUAUAGUUGGUUCAGACUCAGGGCGUGUUGUCAUUUUGGAAUAUAAUCCAACUAGAAAUAAAUUUGAAAAAAUUCAUCAGGAGACUUUUGGAAAGUCUGGAUGCCGUCGAAUAGUGCCCGGGCAAUAUUUGGCAGUGGACCCUAAAGGGAGAUCUGUUAUGAUUGGCGCUAUUGAAAAACAGAAACUAGUGUACAUUCUUAAUCGCGAUUCAGCGGCCAACCUGACCAUAUCAUCUCCUCUAGAGGCACACAAAUCACAUACGUUGGUACACCAUUGCAUAGGUCUGGAUGUUGGUUACGAGAAUCCAGUAUUCGCUUGUUUGGAAGUCGAUUAUUCAGAGGCCGAUCUAGAUCCGACUGUGUCUUUGUCCAAUAUGUUAACAUAUUAUGAAUUGGAUCUUGGCCUCAACCAUGUAGUAAGAAAAUGGAGCGAUCCGGUUGAUGCGAGGGCGAAUAUGUUAUUUUCUGUUCCUGGUGGGAAUGAUGGUCCCUCUGGAGUAUUGGUUUGUUCGGAAAAUUUCAUAACCUACAAACACCAACGAGUGCCUGAACUUCGAGUUCCCAUUCCACGUCGCAGAAAUCCCCUGGAGGAUCCUUCGCGUGGACUAAUAAUUGUUGCUGGUGUUAUGCACAAGAUGAAAGGCGUUUUCUUUUUUUUACUUCAAAGCGAAGAAGGCGACAUUUAUAAAGUAACACUUGAUUACGAGGAUGAUAAGGUGAACGCCAUUAAAAUAAAGUAUUUUGAUACCGUGCCUAUCGCGGCGUCGUUAUGUAUACUAAGAGCUGGUUUCUUGUUUGUAGCUGCCGAAUUCGGGAAUCAUCGAUUGUAUUCAUUCACAAGUCUUGGCGAUGACAAUGAUGAACCAGAAUGGUCAAGCAAUGAUUUUAUGGACAUGGAUUCCAGCCAUCUGACGUCGGCAUAUUUCACGCCAAGAGAGCUGCAAAAUUUAGAACGUGCUGACGAAUUAGAGAGUUUGAAUCCAUUGAUAGAUGCUAAAGUUCUUAAUCUUACGGACGAUGACACACCACAAUUGUAUGCCUUGUGUGGCCGAGGUGCGGGUUCGACGUUUAGAAUACUGAGGCAUGGUCUUGAAGUUUCGGAGAUGGCCGUUUCAGAAUUACCUGGUAAUCCUAACGCUGUAUGGACAACGAAAUUGAGAACUGAUGAUGAAUUCGAUGCGUACAUAAUUGUGUCAUUCGUGAACGCGACAUUGGUGCUGUCGAUCGGUGAAACAGUAGAAGAAGUAACUGAUACUGGCUUCCUUUCGACAACACCCACUUUGGAUGUCCAUCAACUUGGUGAAGAUGCAUUGCUUCAGAUAUACCCCCAAGGUAUAAGGCAUAUACGCGCGGAUCGUCGCGUCAAUGAAUGGAAAACCCCUGGAAAUAGGGCAAUAGUUAAAGCCGCCACUAACAAGCGUCAGGUCGUCAUAGCAUUAACUGGUGGGGAACUUGUAUACUUUGAGCUGGAUAACCAGGGACAGUUGAACGAAUAUCAGGAACGCAAGGAGAUGACGUCAAACGUAUCGUGUCUGAGUAUUGGCGAGGUUCCUGAAGGAAGACAACGAUCGAAGUUUCUGGCUGUAGGUUGCGACGAUAAUACUGUGCGGAUUCUCUCCCUUGAUCCUGAUAAUACCUUGGAGAUUCUCAGUACGCAGGGUUUGAGCGUGCCACCUCAAUCCUUGUCCAUAAUUGAAAUGAUGGAUAUUGGGACUGACGCAUCUCACGGAACUCUUUAUCUUAACAUCGGAUUGCAAAAUGGAGUCUUACAACGCACUGUGCUAGAUACAAUUACUGGCGCACUGACUGAUACUAGACAAAGAUUUUUGGGAGCUCGACCGGUAAAGCUCUUUCAAGUUAAGAUACAAGGUGCUCCUGCUGUUCUGGCACUAUCAAGUCGACCUUGGUUAAGUUACACUUUUCAAUCGCGGUUAAAUCUUACGCCACUUUCCUAUGAUAUGUUGGAGUAUGGUUCCAAUUUUACUUCGCCACAAGUUCCCGAGGGUAUUGUCGCUAUCUCUGCGAAUACCUUACGGAUAUUUGCCGUUGAAAAACUUGGCACCGUAUUUAAUCAAGCCUUUAUCCAGCUUAAAUAUACCCCGCGCCACUUUAUUCUUCAUCCAAUUUCAAGAAAUUUUGUUGUUAUCGAAAGUGAACAUAAUACUUAUUCUCCAACAGAAAAGGCAAAAGCUUUAGAAGUAAAAGUACAAAACGGUUUUCAAUUUGAUCCAAACUUGUUGGAUUUGCCACCGGAAACAUUUGGAUUGCCCAAAGCUGAAGUUGGUAAAUGGGCUUCAUGCAUCAGAGUUAUUAAUCCAUUUCAGGGAGAGACGGUAUCAUUGAUUGAGCUAGAGGAUAAUGAGGCGGCGUUUAGUGUUGCUACAGUAAACUUCCAUGGUCAAAACAAUGAAUUAUUCCUGGUUAUUGGAACUGCAAAGGACGCGAAUUUGGCGCCGCGCACUUGCUCGGCAGGUUACUUGCACGUAUAUCAGUUUGUAGAUGAAGGGAAUUCCUUGAAAUUGGUUCACAAGACUCAAUGUGAUGACGUGCCUUUAGCGUUAUUGGGGUUCCAAGGCAGACUUCUCGCCGGUGUUGGUAAAGCAUUAAGAAUAUACGAUCUGGGAAAAAGGAAGCUUUUACGAAAAUGCGAAUCCAAGGCGAUUCCAAAUUGUAUCGUUAAUUUACAUACACAAGGAAAUCGCAUUAUUGUCUGUGACAUGCAAGAGGCGGUGCACUAUGCUUCUUACAGACAACACGAUAAUCGCAUUAUUAUCUUUGCUGAUGAUACGACACCAAGAUGGAUAACAACCACCGCCAUGAUAGAUUACGAUACAAUAGCUGGUGGUGACAAGUUCGGAAACUUUUUUAUUGAUCGUCUGCCGGCAGAAACGAGUGAAGAGGUGGAUGAAGAUCCCACUGGUAACAAGAUAAUGUAUGAAAAAGGAUACCUGAUGGGAGCUCCUCAUAAGGUUUCUAUGAUUUCACAUUAUCACGUGGGAGACAUCAUAACAUCGCUUCAUCGGACGACACUUGUGGCUGGAGGACGUGAGAUUCUGGUAUACACCGGAAUAAUGGGAAACAUCGGAGUAUUUGUACCAUUUUUGACGCGUGAAGAUAUAGAUUUCUUUCAAACUCUUGAAAUGCACAUGAGAAAUGAGUCUCCACCACUGGCAGGACGCGACCAUCUACAAUAUCGAAGUUUUUAUACUCCCGUGAAGAGUGUGGUUGAUGGAGAUCUGUGUGAACAAUACAACUUAUUGCCAAUGGAAAAGAAAAGGAUGAUUGCUGAAGAGCUAGAUCGAACACCAGCAGAAAUACAAAAGAAGAUUGAAGAUAUGAGAGUGAUGGCAGCAUUUUAA